CGGAAGCCUUGCUAAUUGCACCAUAAACACCAGAUACCUGCCCCCAAAAAAAAGAAAGAAAACGCCAUUGACAGAAACGGCAGACGGCACCGGUCAAUUAAAAAGGGAAAUCCAUAAUCGGUAUUUCCAAGAGAGAGUAAGAAGGGCAAAAGAGAAAAAAAAUUUGGCUUGAAAUGGCGAGGAGAAGGUCAGAGACCAUUUGCUAUGAAGAGCACUGUACCACCAGAAUGCCUGAUGCGGGUGUAGGGAAGCGUGCAGUAUGUCAAAAAGGGGAUGAGAGGAGGCAUUACGGCAUGACAAAGGGAAAUAGAGGAAAGAUAAGUGAGCGAGGGUAUGUGGUCCCAUCUGAAGAGGGAAAAAGAGAAAAAAAAAAAAGGCUUAAAACACAGGUGGACGUAGCAAAAAUGCAUCAAGUUUCCAUGGAGUCCACGGACAACUUUUUACUCCUGAAAAUGCACAUCCAGCCCUGGACUCCAGAAGAAAAUGAGUCAAGGAAGAUGAAAGGAAAGGGCGCCGGUCAACCUGAAGAGAAGAAAUUUUCAAAAAGAAGAAAAAUGGAUGAACACCAGCAAAAAUCGGUCCUAGAUAUCAUGAAUAUUGGGACAAUGAAAAAGGGAAGCGGCAGCAGAAUGUUUAGUAUGCUGUUCACCGGAGGUUGCGAAUGACCUUCUUCCCACGGGCGAGGAAAGGACUUGGCAUCUCAUCUCGUUCUGGAUCCCAUACUGCGGGCGG